AUGAGCGAGCAACUGGGAAGAAGAAUAAUAGAGGUUCAGAGGAUCAUCGAACUACAUCACGCACUUGGCACAUCACUCGAAAAGAGACUUGUCGAAUCUGGGGAACAUCUUGCUGGCCAGCAACUUGAGGAGUGCCUCUCUUCCAUCGAAAAUACUCUGAAAGGAAGUUACGAGGCCCUCCUAACAGGCUCGAGUCACCUUCGAAUUCUCGAAGCCGAGCUUGUUGCCAGUAAAUGUCGCAUCCAUCGACUUCCGGUCGAGCUACUACGCGAGAUCUUCUCCUAUGUCAUUGGGGGCACCGACUUGUUAUCACAGAGGCUAGCUACCAGUCUCUUGCAAACAUGUCGGUCCUGGCGCUUCAUUGUCCUCUCCAUGCAUCGGGUGUGGUCACAGUUCGAAUACUCUCUCGACCGACCCAAGAGACAGUUGAUCAGUAUCGGGGAGUUUCUCACUCAAACUCUCCACCGCUCGCCCUCAGAGCUCGUCCUUAUCGUUCCCGAACAAGAUAGCGAGGACAAUCUGCGACUGCUGCCCCUCAAUGCGUUAUCUCCCUUCGAAUCUCUGGCAUUUUUCAUCCCGGGAGAGGAUGAAGAGGACGCUUGCAACUCGAUAUCAUUAGGGGCACUCUGUGAUCCACAGUAUACCAAUUUGGAUUGCCGCUGUAGCACGUUGUGGCUAGAAGGUUAUCUGUUAGGUGUCUAUGACAUCAAAAGACUCAACCUUUCCGACCUUUUAACCCGCUUCCAAGGGGUAAAGCAGCUCCGACUUCGGGACGUGAAGGGCAUUGAACUCACCCGGGAAAGUACUUCGUGCCUUCACAACCUGACGGAUGUCGAGUUACGCAAUCUAAGAUACGUUCCUAUCCUUGCACUCCUUUCCGCCACUCCUUCGCUCACAAGACUGGUGCUGGACAACUGCAUCUUUGAAGUCCCAGACAACCAUUCUGUCGUCGAAUGUCGUCUACAAACAUUGUUGGUCCAAGACUGUAUACGAGACUGGCUCGUAUACAUCCACUGCGAAUACCUUACGGAGCUCUGUCUGAGCGGUCACGACCCCGGAAGUGACGACGAUUUCGACUUUAUACGAAAGUCACAAACCAUAGAGGAUUUGACCUUUGGAAGCAUGGAUUGCGAUCACAUCCGCCAGCUCGCGGUCUCCGCGCCGGGUAUCAAGCAGCUCACGCUCAGUGGCGAUUGUCACCAAUUGCCACGAUGGGUCUCUGAGACUCGCUCGAAUCUGUGGUUUCCAAAACUGAGGAUACUUGGUAUCAAGAGUACCUGCUCGUGUGUUACAAUGGCCAUUGAGGAACUGGUUCGAGCACGAUGUCUACCGCAGGCCCAUCAAGACUCGCAAAUGGUUGCAGGACUCGAACCUCUGGAGCGCCUUACCAUCUCGGGAGGUCUCGCAUACUCAAUGGCUACAAACUCCUUAUUCCAGACUGCUACAUCAUCCGUCCGGGAACCCACGACAGAUGCCCUGGCCGUGACCUGGAUCUAG